UUUCGGCCAAGGCGGCUGGUUUGAGCAUCAUGACGCCUCGUCCUCGUCAUGUCAAUGGAGCAGGAUCUCUCUGGCGCUUGAAGACCCUCCCUACCGCAUCUGCUGGUGCGAUGGCAGGAUGCUUCCAUGCCGUGUGUAUCACCCGACAACGCUUGCCCACAUCUCGCCCACAUGAUUCGACUGACCAUAUUUUUAUUUCGGACCGGUUCGACACCAGCCGACUUCCACGGUCUCGGGAACAUGGUCGUGACAAGAGUGCUCCUCUCCAGCGUCGACGGCGCCCGAGAGGACCGCGCGAUGCUGUUCAGAUACACUACUAUCCUUGCAGGGUCUGCCGGCAUGACCCUCGCCGCAUGUGUCUGUGUGUUCAAAUGGGACAGCGUCAAGCGAGAUGCCGGUCACGGCACGAUGUUCAUGGUGUUUUUCUGCUGGUUCACUUGGUCCUCCGCCUCCCUCGUCCGGACUCUCUUCGUCUACUCGAACAACGGCCUCGACACCACCGAGCACCCUCGCAUCCGCAACAUGACUUUCAUCACCGAAACACUUUUCAACGCAACCUCGAUGUGGCUCAUCGCGGCAAUGUAUGAGUGCAAGCGGCGUGCGAUGGCGCCUCGGAUCGCGGCGCGAAGUCACCGAAGGUGCCUGGUCGCGUAUAUGUCUGUAAUCAGUGGCCUCUCGUUGAUAUUCUACAUUUCCAUGGUGAUUGUCGACCGGUCUGGCGCGACCGUCGCUGGGUUCGACCCGAACGAUCCAAACGAAGAAGAGCCACUUGCAGCCAUCGCACUGUCCAAGUUUGCAUGGGCAACGUGGGGCCUGCGGUGUCUAGCCGUGGUUUUCCUUGCGCUGGUUACAAUAUGGCUCGAAUCCCAACGCGAUCGACUGCAGUUUGUUGCUCUGCCCAAGGCACUGUCCUGGAUAGUCCUCGUCCUGGUUGUUCUGAACAUGCCCUACUUGGUUAUCGACGCCCUCAUCGGCUUGGAUGUGCUACAUCCAUCGAACGACAUGCGUUUCAUGGGAAUCAUGAAGACAUUCACGUACAUGAGCGGCAUCGCCAUGUCGGCGGCCAUGGGGCUAGCCGUACGCGGUUUUGAUGCGUUUUUCAAUUCCAAGGCUCACCGAAUAAACUCUCGUCGCCACGACAUGUUUGUGGUGUCCGACCGUUCGGACUCCUAACGUGCGUGCGCCAAAGAACUAAACAUGCUGUGUUGGCGUAAAAGUGUUCAGUUGAAGCGCUUGCAUGUAGCUUCGACGUAGAUCCCGUUGAAGGCUAUGCCGUGAUGAUCGAGACGUAAAUUGAAUCAAAUGGUUCCCUCGCCGA